AGUAAAUGGCGAAUGUCGAAUUUGGUACGUGGUGCUGGUGCCGUUGAAUAUAUUUUCCAAAAAUGAGGCACUCCCUGGACAACAGGGUAGUUUAAUGAUGUGCAAAAACAGUAAAAUAACAAAAAUAUUGUGUAGUUCAUACAUGGUUAUCGGAAAAAUCAAUUGAAUGCCAAGAAACAUUCAAUUGUUUUCUCUUCUUAGCUAGUUUCAAAAUGGAGUAGACGAAAUAAAGGAUUUGUUUUUGUUUCAAAAGGACCCUUAUAUUCCGAAGUUAUAUUGUGUGUUAAGAACUCCGAAAUCGAAAAUUAUAGCUGGGACAUUACUUUCGUUCUAAUUAAUUAACGGUAUGUUCUAAAAACGUAAUGAAUUCGUGUUUUCAGACCGAUUAUCUUAAACUGUGGAGAAGACCAGUGUUGUUACCUUUGUAAAACCUUUUGGAUAAAAUUUGAAGUGGUUCUUUGAAAGUCAUCGAGAUGUGGAUUAGAGAUGACCUAAAAGAACAACAUGAUGUUAUUUCACCUCGUUCUUUAUGCAACUAAAAGCAGUUCACGCUGGGACGGUGUGUAGGGAGAGACCAGAAACCGUGGCAAUUUUCUGGCUGUUUCUGGCGGGGCUGUGUGUUUAUGCAACAGGGGGCGAGACCCUAGUGCAAUUCCCUGGCCCCGCCACCACAUCAUACAGGUUUUCCCAUCUUGUAAUCGACCACAAAACCGAGAAAGUUUUUGCCGCAGCAACCAACAAAAUUUUCCAGUUAAACUCCAACCUCGUAUUAGAAAAAAUCGUUUCUACAGGUCCCCGCAAUGACAGUCUACAGUGCCAUGCUAAAGGUUGUGACGGUGUUUCCGAUGUUAAACUUUCCCUGAUGGACAAUUAUAAUAAAAUUUUACUGAUAGAACCUGAUAGUAGAAUAUUACUGUCUUGCGGUUCCCUUUCUCAAGGUGCUUGUUACAAGUAUAGAUUGAACGAUAUUGGUGCUACCCCCCAGUUUAUUUCGAUCAGUGUAGCUGCAAACGAUGCUGACGCUUCCACAUACGCGUACAUUGGACCUAAAGGUUACAAUCUUUGGGGCAAGCCCAACAUUUUAUAUGUUGGUACAACAUUCACUAAUACGGGCGAAUAUAGACAUGAUGUUCCUGCCAUAGCAAGUAGAAAUCUUGAUAAUCUGGACUAUGCCGAAUAUUCAUUUAGCAAACAGUCCAUGCUGAAUAUCGAUGUCAAGUAUAGAGACCAUUUCAUCGUUCAGUACAUCUAUGGUUUCAACGCCACCAAUUAUGCUUAUUUUUUGAUAGUACAGAAACAAAGUCAUUUACCAGGCCAAGAAGAACAAGGUUACGUGUCGAGACUAUCCCGUACAUGUAUCAAUGAUCCAAAUUAUGACAGCUAUACCGAAGUUACACUGCAAUGUUUGGAUAACGAUCAAAAGUACAAUCUCGUUCAAGAUGCUAAGAUCACAAGUGCAGGAAGCGAACUCGCAUCAGCCCUAGGGAUAUCUGUUGGUUCCCAAGUAUUAGUAGCAGUUUUUAGACCGUCCAGAGGUAUCACAAAUGAGCCUCAAUCCCAUUCUGCUCUCUGCAUUUAUCCUCUUAGAGAUAUCGAGAUCAAGUUCAAUGAAAAUAUUCAUAUGUGUUUCAAUGGCAGCGUUAAGUAUAGGAAUAUGGGGUAUGUUUCUGGUCCAAUCCAAGAUGGUAAAUGUCCUAGCACUGGUAAAGCCGGCAAUGUUCCUAAUUUCUGCGAAGUUGGCUUGAAGAUCAGUGGUGCUACUCCCAUAGUUACUUAUGCUUCCCUUAUAUUCCCAAAUAUUUCUUUAUCAGCUGUGGCCACAGCUUCAACAGGUCGACAUGUACUAGCCUUUCUAGGAACUACAGAUGGAAUUAUCAAAAAGGUUCUGUUAUCUUCUCAGUUUCCAACAGAGUAUGAAGAAAUUGUGGUGGAUAAAGGUCAUGCCAUCUUACCGGACACUACACUUUCACCUACAGGAGAACACCUGUAUGUCCUCUCAAGAUCUCAGAUCACAAAAAUAAAAGUUGAACAUUGCAGCAGCUAUAGCAACUGUUCUUCCUGUUUGGAAUCCAAAGAUCCAUAUUGUGGAUGGUGUUCACUAGAAAAAAAAUGUACAGUUAAAACAGCUUGUCAGAAAGCAACUCACAGCUCUCCCAGAUGGUUAUCGCUUGGUACAGGUCAACAAUGUAUAGAUUUCGAACAAGUUUACCCAGAACAAAUCCCCAUAACUCAAAUGGCCAAAGUGAAACUCAUCAUAAAAACACUGCCAGAUCUACCAAUGGGCGCCAAGUAUAAAUGCGUUUUUGGAAAAGCUGAUCCCAUAGAUGCAGAAGUUAACGAAUACGGCUUGGCUUGUUACACUCCAAACUUAUCACAAAGGCCCAGAAUUCCACCUAGACAAGAUCACACACUUGUACCUUUGAGCGUUAGAUCUUCGGAGACAAACCAGGAUUUCGUAUCAAGAAACUUUGCUUAUUACGAUUGUUCCAGACAUUCAACUUGUAGGGAGUGCGUAAGAUCACAGUGGGCUUGCAAUUGGUGCGUCUACGAGAAUAAAUGUGCUCACAACAUUUCAACCUGUCAAAGAACUGUCAUAAGUGGAGAAAAUAACCCAAUGCCUCUAUCCAAUCACGGUUUCUCAUACUGUCCCCAAUUCAGAAAUCGUAAUCCAAUUCUUUUACCAAACAACGUUCCCAAGGAAAUGAAGUUCGAAGUGGAAAAUUUACCUUAUCCUCAAGCAGGACACAUGGGAUUCCAGUGUAUUACGAAUAUUGAAGGGGCUACUAUGUUAGUACCAGCACGUGUGGAUGCUGGAAAGUACAUCAUAUGCGAUAAAACAAUGUAUUCGUACGAAGCAAACGAAGGAGAAUACAUAGCGGAGGUUCAAGUUGUUUGGAACAAAAAGCAUCACAUAGACUCGACCAAUGUAACGUUAUACAAAUGCGACAUAUUGGGAUCUCAUCGAGAACAUGCAGAUUGUUCUCUGUGCGUUACUAGAAAUUCAAAAUAUCAUUGCACCUGGUGUGGUAAUUCAUGUUCCUAUAGAGAAACUUGCCUGCAGAUACCUCACAAUGAAUGUCCAAGACCUCGUAUAGAUAUGAUCAAACCUUUGAGCGGUCCUAUCGAAGGAGGUACACUAGUAACCAUAGAAGGUAGCAACUUAGGUCUGAAGAAAUCUGAUGUACAAGGCAAAAUAAGAAUCGGUGACGUUCCUUGUACUCUUGUAAAUUACGAAGUUUCGGUCAGAAUACAGUGUGUGACUGGUCCCUCGAAAAGUGAAAAAACUGUACCAAUUAUAGUGGGUAAUUUAGCAGGUUACACUGAAUCUUCCGUGGAAUUUAGCUACAAAGAUAUAAUUUUGUCCGGAAUAUACCCUUCCAUUGGCCCUCAAUCUGGAGGUACACAAUUAGCGAUCACCGGCCAAUAUUUAAAUAUAGGUACAGAUAUCAAGGCAUACUUGGACAAUUAUAUAUGUACUGUAAACGUGACACAAGCGUCUAGUUCAAGAUUACUUUGUAUUACGUCGAAAGCUGACAGGCCAGUUCAAAUAUCACUUUUAACACUCAGUAUCGAUGGUGCAAAUAGAACCCUGGUUGGAAACCCUUUCAAUUAUACCUUGGAUCCCACCAUAAUGGAAAUAAAACCUCUAACAAGUUUCGCUUCUGGUGGCAGAAUGAUCUUCGUACACGGUACGAAUUUAGAUAGCAUACAACAACCCGAAAUGGAGGUGUUUUCAUAUAAUGAGCCAACAGUUCCUUUAAAUAAAACUAUUUGUACAGUUUUGAGUGCAAUACAGAUGGAAUGUCCAAGUCCUUCUGUUUAUAGGCAAUUUGUAGAGAGCACAAAAGUUUCUAGGUUCCAAAGGUCUCUUCAGAAGCCUUCAGCCAUUAAAAUGCCAGAAGCUCAAUUAGUUCUAAAAGUAGGUUUUGUCAUGGACGAUGUAGAGAGUGUUAGAGAUUUAGAUAAGCAUUUUCCUAAUAUUAGAAGUCAAUUGGUAUAUGUAGAAGAUCCAAAGUUUUUCAAAUUCCCAAACGAUAUUCAUUUGUAUAAGGGUGAAACUUUGGUAAUUGAGGGUGAAAAUCUCAAUUCUGCCAGUGAAGAAGCCGAUGUGGUUGUGACUGUAGGUGAUAAACCUUGUAAUAUAAGUGGGCUAGCUUCGGUACAAUUGGUUUGUUAUCCACCAGAGCAACAACCAUCUGAUACUGACGAACAUGGUGUCAAGACUGAAACAAAUUUACCUUUGGUUGUGGUGAGGGUUGGAAAAAACUUGAGAUUUCCUCUAGGACAUAUCAAGUAUGACAUGUUCAAAAAUUUUGCGUUUCCUCCAGAAGCUGUAGCCAUGAUAGUGACUGUUUCAAUUCUCUUCCUAUUUUUCUUUCUGGCUGUUUUAAUUGUUUAUCGAAGGAAAUCAACACAAGCAGAGAGGGAAUACAAAAGGAUACAAAUUCAAAUGGAUACAUUAGAAAGCAAUGUUCGUUCAGAGUGCAAAUUAGCUUUUGCAGAACUUCAAACUGAUAUGACUGAUCUUACUGCUGAUCUAGAGAAUUCUGGAAUACCUACAUUAGAUCAUACAAAUUAUGUAAUGAAAGUCUUCUUCCCUGGUGUAAGUGAUCACCCUAUUCUCAACUCUCCAAAGAUUCGACUCAACGGACCAAGAACAAAUUACGAUUCAGCAAUGCUACAAUUCGAACAAUUGAUUAAUAACAAAUACUUUGUCUUAACAUUCAUUGAAAUUUUAGAAUCCCAGAAACUUUUUACCAUUCGUGACAAAGUAAGUGUCGCCUCACUUCUAAUGGUUGUGCUUAUGGAUAAGAUGGAAUACGCCACUGAUAUUCUAAAGUGUCUUCUUUUGAGGCUCAUUGAUAAAUCUGUCAAUACUAAACAUCCACAGUUAAUGUUAAGACGAACGGAAAGUGUUGUUGAAAAAAUGCUCACCAACUGGAUGGCUUUAUGUAUGUACCAUUAUCUCAAAGAAUACGCAGGUGCCUCCCUCUUUCUCCUUUUCAAAGCGAUCAAGCACCAAAUAGAAAAAGGUUUGGUCGACGCCAUAACACAUGAUGCCAGAUAUUCAUUGUCUGAAGAGCGGUUGUUGAGAGAAAAUGUACCCCAUAAUGUUGUGGUAUGUUUUUAUUCAAUCUUUUAUUUCAUUCUUCUCUUAUUAUACUUUUUUCAGACGCUACAUAUUGUACAGGACGAUUUGGAUGAAAAGAUUCAGUGUAAAGUGUUGGAUUGUGAUACAAUUAGUCAGGUGAAAUCGAAAAUAUUGGAUGCACUAUUCAAAAAUACACCAUUUUCAUUGAGACCGUCAAUUUAUGAAGUGGAUUUAGAAUGGAGACAUGGAAGAGGUGGCCAUUUAACUUUACAAGAUGAAGAUCUCACAACAAAAACUAUUAACGGCUGGAAAAAGCUGAAUACCUUAGCUCACUACGGUGUCAAAGAAAGUGCUGUCAUGUCUUUGAUAUCACGACAAAACGAUAGUUUCAACAAUUGCAAGCAGCCUUGUCAUAACUGUGCCACCGGAAUGUAUUUCAACAAUUCGCAAUCUCCUAUAAUCACAUCUAAUGGAGAUGUGGAAACCGGUUCUAACACCAGGUUAUAUCAUCUAGUUAAGCCGAUGGACGAUCACCAAUUCAUGAGUAACAAAAUGAUUGAAAGAACACACAAAGCUAUCCCAGAAAUAUUCCUAACCCGCCUACUUUCCACUAAAGGAAUCGUUCAGAAAUUCGUGGACGAUUUUUUCCUUACCGUUCUAACUGUCAACGAUGCCCUACCACCUGCUGUGAAAUGGUUGUUCGAUUUGUUGGAUGAGGCAGCUAAAAAACAUGGAAUUCAAGAUCCCGAAGUGGUGCAUGCUUGGAAAUCUAAUAGCCUUCCUUUGAGGUUUUGGGUUAACUUCAUAAAAAAUCCAGACUUUAUUUUUGAUAUCAACAAAACUCAAACUUUGGAUUCCUGCCUUUCUGUUAUCGCACAAACUUUUAUGGAUUCCUGUUCUACUACCGAACAUAGGCUAGGAAAAGAUUCCCCCUCUAAUAAAUUACUAUUUGCCAAGGAUAUUCCACGUUAUCGAAGAAUAGUAUCUCAAUUUUAUAGUGAUGUUGCGAAACUCCCAACUAUAACUGAUCAGGAGAUGGGGUCGGCUAUGCAACAACUGUCAGCUCAACAAGCUGAUGAAUUUGACAAUGUUGCUGCACUUAAAGAACUCUAUAUUUAUGUUACAACAUAUAGAGAACAGAUUAUGGAGGCACUUCAUUCGGACAUGAACUGUAGGCGGCUUCACUUGGUCUCUCGUCUCCAGCAGGUGGCUUAUAUCCUGGGAGGUGAAGAGAGCUCCAUCUGCUGACACCGUCAGUCACCUGAUCCUCUGUUGCCCCGAUACAUGGCGCCCUGAUUCAAUGCACAUUGAAGAGUGAGCAAGACUCGCUGCCACAAUAGAGCGUCGUUCUGUGAUAUGGUGCAUGAUCAGGUGACUGCAAACUGUGAUUGGAUGUGUACUUAUCCUCCAGCUGCUGCAAGUUUCCUUCCUGAGUGCCUCGCUUCCAUGAGAAAAGAACUCGACAUUGAUGGGACAGAAAGUGUAUACGUGUGGUUUAAGCAUCGAUAUGUGCAUCAUUUCAGACACCCUUAUUUCUAAGGCAAAUCUAAAUUCUUUUGAAGAAAAAAAUUUUCACAUUCGGAUUCCAUUUUUUUUUUUACCGGGUACCUUCAGUUGAGUUCGUUUGGUUCUCGUAGUAGUUGGUUGGUUGAAUUUUGUUUAUUCUUUGUAUUUUGGGAAUUAUUUUGAGAAGUUUGUAGGCAUUUGUGCAAUUUUUCGAUAACUAUACUAUGGGUAUAUCUAGAAUACCAAUCGAAUUCUCUGGGAAUGCGCUUUUCGUAUUCGUACUUUUUCGAACCUAAUGAUAGGUGCUUGGGGGUACCCUGGUAGAUCAAAUAUCAUUCACUCUACAUGUAUUCGACUGACUCAAUUCAUUUUAGCUUUAAUUUCAUCUCGAAAUAUUUAUAUAUGAAGUUUUUUAAAUACUCAAUGUUAUUUAUAUUUUCGUAUUCCAGUUUUUAUCUUUAUAAUUUUUUUUUUAUCACUGAUUCUUCAACUACUCUUAUAAAGUAUAUUGAAUGCAAUUAGAAGUUUAUACAUUUUUCUAUGAAACCAGUGGAUAAUUUAUUAACACUUAUAGCGAAUAUUUAUUUAUUUUUUUAUACUUUGUCCAUGUGUGCAAAAGCUAAUCUGGUAAAAUAUAAAAUAGGAAAUUUUGAGAUGAUGAGGCAAACUCUUAGGUUUAAUUUUAAUUUUAUCAGCCUUCCCCCAAACCAUUUACAAUAUAUUACAAGAUUGGUUGUGAUGAAAUUUUUUCUAAGCGAUUACUUAUAUAUUUAAUAAUAUUCUGACUACUCUGAAAGUCCAUCUAAACUAAAUUUUAUAUUAAUGAGGAGGGGUAGUUCAUGUGUGUGCUGUGUAGGUAAAAAUUGUAAAGAAUAGAUUCCUCCAUAUGAAUUCGUUUUAGAAUUGAAGACAAAACCAGUAUACAUUUUCAAAUAAACUAAUAAAUGAACACAUGCCACAAUUGAUGUAUAAAAUAAAUACAUGAACAAUAUUUUUAGCUCUUGUUGUUACAUAAAUAUAGAUACUUUAUAAGAUAGUGUUUUUUAUAUCUCAGUCGUUUAUAUGAUUAUUAUAGUGAUAUGUGCCGGAAAUUGAUAAAUGUGAAAUUUGUCUACACGUCCAGUGAUUUGUACUAGUUACAGAAUGUGCCAUUACACAAAUCGAUAUAUUUUCUCAUUUUUCCUUUAAUUCCACACAACACCGAGUGCUCACCCAAUAUCACACAAUUUUUUUAAUACUUUCCAAGGGCUCAUUCUGUAAUAACGUUGAGAUAAGCGUAAUUUUAACUUAAUUUUUGUAAAUACAUGUGCAUAUAGAUUAUUAUAUUGGAUUAAGAAAGCGUUUAUGAUAAUUGGGUUGAAUUUCAAUAUCCUGUUGAUAGUUCGUAAAAGUAUUCAAUAUCUAUAUAUUUUUUAAUAGAUAGUGAAUAUUGCAAUCUCUGUCUCAAAAUUUCGAAUAUUAUUUAGUAGGUGGAAUUUUAUGACCUAUUCAAUUAAUUUUGAAAUUUUAGUAAUGUGAUCGUGAAUUAUAAUUACUGAUGCUUUUUUGUAUAAAAGUGUACUUGUUUAGUGAUAUUUUUUUACUCUAUUAAAACAUGUAUUCCGAACA